AGAUACCAAAAUGUAGGUUUUUUCGAUUUGACAGCAUUGAUUUUUGCGCUGAGCAAAGACUCGUUUGCACAUCAAAUGAUUAACACUUACAUCUGGGUUACAACUUUAACAAUAGAAGCGAAAAGUAGAACACUCACUUCUCCAUAAAUAUAUCAUUUUUAACGAAAAAGAAAGUAAUACUACAGUUAGAGGCAGCACUUCAAGUUCAACUUCUAGAUCAAAAGCAAAGAUGGAGGUGGAGGAAGCUCCUGGCGAGAUCGAUGAGGCUGCGGCAGCCGAGAUCGAUCAGGCAACCGACGGCGCUGAAGGAAAAGUUAGUGCAGCAAACGUCGCACCUCCGCCACUACCAUUAAGGCUUUGGAUUUCUCUUUCCAACGACAAAAUAACGGGUUAGUUUUCCCUCAGUUACAACAUCCUAGGUUAGUCCCUCCUCCAAAAAGUAUCCUUACGCUCUAAUAGUGAAAGGGAACAAGGCGGCUGAAAUGUGCGAGGAGCCUGCGCAAUUUGGGAGAAACUUUCCUAUGAUAACAACUUGGAGUGGUGUGGUAGAACUAUCAGACAAAUCCGAGAAGGACAGGGACCUCCGACUUGCGCUAAAGUCGAUGACAGUAGGUACUGCUUACUCUUCGUUAUAGUAUGGCAUAGAGAGUUUUCCUGGCAACCUUCAUUACGAGUGUUCCUGGCAACCUUCAUUACUAUAACUACCCACUUGUGUCGUCGCUGGAUCUGCUUCGUCUUGCCGAUAGCUUAGCAAGGCUAUCUGAGACGCCAUGACGCCGAUGAUUUAUCUUAGGUAUAACUUAAAAGAUGAAUAUGUCGAUCUUGUUGUUGACUGGUACUUCCCCACAACUGGCUACUUUUCACUUAACCAUAAUCUUCAAUCUGAGAGAUCUGGACCACUGCUUUGUUGUAAUCUUUUUAAUGUUUGUUUUUCAACAAACAUGUGCCUUUCUCAUUGAGUUUUGAACAUUGGUUUUCAUUUCUUUGUUAAUUAGGGUUUCUCUGCGUAACCUCAAUCUCUUUUCUCUCAUCAACAUCAGAGGAAUGGGCACCCUUUUGGUCCGAAGUGCAUGCGGCAGUUGUGCCCAUUUUUGAGGAGAAUGAACAAGCAAAAGAGAACACGCCACAGAGCCUCAAUCUAGCGCUCAAUAACGUGGAGCGAAACGCCGAUGGGUCCUAUCAUUAAGGGUAGGCUUCUAAAGGUGUUCCACCUGUUAUAGCGUUUGUAGUUUCGUCUCUCCUAAGGGCGAAAGGCAGAACAAACGGAACAAAGAAACACCAAAACCCUGCCUCUAAUAUCAGGCUACCAAUGAUAGCGACAAGCAGCGACGCGCUAAGGAACGAAAAAAAGUCCUAUCCGCCCUCGAACGCAUAUGGUCGAUCUUCAUACUGACCGUGAUAGACUUCGAGGCAUGUCGAGGAGCGGACUUUCCAUUGAGCGUUCUACACUGCGGCAACUUGCUCCAACCGCAGUUGCCCAACGCGGUUUUUGGGGAAGAAACCUAUCUCACUUAUGGCGAAAAACUACCAGCGUCUCAAAUCACGAUACUAGAAGAGAUUAAAUUUAGUGAGAAACCUUGGAGCACUUAUCUAUCAUUCAUUUACUGAGAAAAAAACUUUUCUGCUACAACUAAGGUGGCUGCACUUGUAAGUAUUCAGAAUCUGAUGAGAUUACUCUCUGGGAUACUCGGUUACUUCAGUUUUUCGAUUAACUAGUGAGAUGCAGAGGUAGACCACCACGGCGAGAAAAGGAAUUUCAAUCAUUGGGUGCAAGCAGUAGUACUUAUAAGUUCUCCACUAAUGUAACAUAAAGGCGCGUGCGAGAUUGGCAGACGCUAUCCAGAAACUCAUCCAGAAUAAGUGCGAGAGCUACGAAGUUUUCCUUCCCCUGUUCGCGCAGUACGUCGUGGAUGAAGCGACCAAGCCGCCAAGUGACGACGGCAUCAGGAUAAGUUAUGACCCUGACCGCUUACAGAAAUAGCAUCCACGAUAAGCCUCAUUGAGUCAAGAUGUGUCUAUAAACCGCUUUCAAGUGUCCAAGAACAUUUCGUGGAAACACUUAUAACUACGAAAGAUGUGUGCGCCGUCACUUUCGGAAAUGAGUGAAGACCAGCUUCCAUUUUGUCUCUACGGUAGUCAAGAAGGGCAUAUCAGGGGGACACGCAUGGCAUACUUGUCGCAAUGAAUUCUAAGCACAACACGAGGACCGAGUGAAGCAGCAAGACGUAAAUCGGCUAUGGGAAAUGCGAGAAAUUUUCAGUUAUGCUGAAGAUAAAUGCCUAAUAAACAAGUCCACUCUAAUACCUCCUCCUAGUAGUAGAGUGAUGCUUGAUUUAAUCCACGUCCUAGCCAUAUAAGUACAUUAUCAGUAUGUGCUGUCGUUGUAAUGUAGGCUUUUGGUUUACCUCAUCUACAUUUGAUACGUGAAUGUGCUGUCGUUGUGUAGGCUUUUGACUACAGCAAGUGGACAACGGAUUAAUCAAGGACUCAUGAUAUGCCAAUAAUCAAUGCACUCCUUGUCGUUGUGAACGUGUCGUAGGGCUUUCUUGAGUAAGUAAGUACUAGAAGACUGUAAAGAGUACUAAAAGAAUGUAAAUUACAUAUGUAAUACUGAGUCCUAGGUAUACCUUCCUAUUACAUAUGUAAUUAUCAAUGGUUCUAAUCUCCGAUUUUGGAUUUGGAGGCGAACGCUUCGUCCCACGUGAAGCAACGGCUAAACACGUGCCUUACCGAGAUCUGCUUUUACAGAGGCGACGGACCUAAAUUUCUCCAAUUUCUGAUAACAAUGAGUCCCAACGCAGCAGCUGACUUCGAUGAGAGCCUUUACAUUAUGAGAGCUGCAGGCACUUUUCCCUUAUAGUAAAAUGACAAUAUUGGCGGGCGGACUCCUUGUUACCUCAUGCGUAUAAAAUUAGCUUAUAUAAUAUAUUUUGUCACGUAUAAUCUCCUUAGGCUCUUCGACUUCAGUAGUUGUAGUUGCAACUAGUUGCAUUAAAUAUCGUGUGAGGCAAAUCGUCAGUGCGUUCAUGUUCCCACUAGAAUAGAAGCUGAUGGGAUCUCGCUAAGGGAUUCUCUCCAUUUUUCCCAUGAUAACUUCAAUGUCGAAAACCUAGCCCUACUUAUACGUCACUCAGUAUCAUGUCGAAAGUAUGAAAGCAGAUUACUAGGAGAUUGAUUCGGGUCGCAACGGAAAUCCACAGCGACAGGCUGCUACGUGCUUGGAAUACACGAAUAGCUGACCGUGUCGGUCUAUCAGGCAGAGCAAAACCUAACCUCCUAACCUCAUCUAGUUGAGUGCCUGUUUGUAAAUGUGACUGCUUCACUGUGCGAAGUCUUGGCGGAUGCGCCCUAUCCUGUCCUAUCUGGUCCUUGUCUUGGAGGUGUCAAAGUUGAAUCUAAGUAGAACAUCCUGCCAACUCGCACACCGAAUCAAAUAAAAACUCUGUCGGAAGUCUACCUCGACGUAUGGAAGAGGUGGGAUGCGCAGGCCAGGAAGAAUGACGACUCUUAUGAUCACUCUGUGUAGACGUAAAUUUAAUGAAGAACUUUCUCUUUCUCUGAGUACUUUCUCUACUAAGUGAGGCUGAUUAUUGAAAACUUUUAAGUCUGAGAGUCUUGAACUCUAAGACUCCAGCGCUUUUGCUCGUCUUGUCCCAUUCCUUUGUAUUCGAACCUUGUAUAGUAUUGGCGCUCCCUUUCAUAAUUCGGAGUCCGCAGUGGAAGCAGUGAAGAGCCUGCAGGAUUUCGAGCGGCGUCUUCAAAACUGGAUGCUCAUCGCAUUACAGGGAAACAAAGAAGCGCACAAAACUGCGCUAGCGUUUUUGCGGCCUUUCCAUAAGAAUCGGUCGGAAAAUGAGUAUCGCCUGAAUGACAUGCUCGUUCGGCUCUGGUCACCCUUGCUCUGGAGAAAUCUGCAUUAUGGACUAUAUGAUAUACAUAUAGUACAACUACUUGAUGUUGAGACGCAUAGGUUUUCGCUUGAUAUCUUUGCUCUAGGUAUUUUUAGGUUGUGUAAACUUGAACUCAAACCUCUUCAGAGGACUCUCCUACUUUAUCUCCAUUUUUCUAACGUAAAAUGCCAAAUGCCAUUGUGCGGGCACAGGCAACUUCGGUGUUUGCCAUGGUUUUUCCGCUGACAAGUAGUGGCAUGAACAAGGACGAGCUUUAAGGGUAACAGUAUUUCCUUAUCACUCGCCGUGUGAGGUGUUAUUCGUGGCAUGAGUCAAUGUUAUUGUUAACCCGGGGGCUUGGAAAUUUUUCACGUUCUUCAGGAAAACACCACGGGGCAAUUAUAGAUUAAACUAACAUGAAUGGGGGAAUCUAAAUACCACCAUACAGGGGAGUUGACAUUAUACUUAGGGGAGUAUUUUUAUCAUAUUUAUAUAUAUAAAUGGAGAGGAUGGAAUUGGAAUGGGCAUGAACAUUCUCUGAGAAGUGACAGGAAAUUUCCGAGUUGUGGUAUACAUUACAACACCGUCAGGGACCCACCUCUACCUCAGCGGGGUCCCUGAUAAGAUGAGGUAGAGCUGGAGGCUACCUCAGAAGACUUCUAAGAUGUGGAGGAAAAGAUGCAAAAGCAUUUCAAGCAUAUGAGGGACCUCCUGGAAGACAAAGACUCCGUAUUAUUUAUCAAGUUGCUCUUUUUGGAUAUCUCGUGAGACUGAUAGAGUUGACUGUAAUCUCGUGAGCGAUAGGAAUGAAGAAGAACAUGACGCAAGUCGUUUGAAUUGACGUGGAUAUCAGAUAAUAAGUGUACUGUUGUACGAUCAAAAUAAAUGAAAGCAGAGUAAUUCUUACAUACAGAAGUCGGAAGCUAAACCGUCGAAAUCGACUAAAAUCAUUAAGAAUAUACGAACCUCACUCGGUAGGCGUAGGAGGUACUACUUGGUGUUCACUGGGUGGCCUCAUACUGGAUAGACACAAAUUGCUACACAAGAGGCGCCAUGGCAUGACAUAACUCCCACUAUUCCCACUACUCGAGCACGUUUCGGUCUAGCAAGAUUCCAUCACAUUUUUUAUGGCUCUUCAAUGGCCUCGAGCGCUCACCUCCUCAUUGGUGAGCCAAUUCCUAUCCUAUCCUAGAGCAAGCGAGCAUCUGUAAUUAAGUUAUCUUCUAGGCUGCUCGGUUGUUUCAUUUUUUCGAUUACUUCUACAUAUCCUAUCCUAUCCUAUCCUAUCCUAUCCUAUCCUACGACUACAUCAGGGGGUGCGCUUUUCUGCUACGCAGAUGGUGUGCAAAGUGCUUGCAUCGUGGUGGAGUGUCGUGCCGAAUAAUGAGGCAUCUGCCCUCCUCGAAAAGAUUGCUGCGGUUGGCUUAAGGCUCCAUAAAAGGAUCUUUUUUUUUACUGAUAUUUACUGUUGAUGUUGAUCUUAAUCUUACCCUCAUCAUAUUUUUUACUACACAUACUAGUCUUCACUAGUGGUCACAACACUACGAAUCAUUCGUGCCCUUUUUACUAAUCUUUAUAGUGUCUGUUUAUCUUAACGAAUCUUUGAUGAUUAUCACAGGAUAUACCAAGCAAGAGACACUAGUACUUGAACUCAAAGGCGCCGAUCGGAUUGCGUACUAUCAACAAUGGCUUAAGUAGUAAUAUUAAACUGUUGUUGGGUAGUACAUCAACAUCGUCAUCACCAUUUCGAUCACCAUCACCGUCACACAAUUUAGAAGGCUCGUCUUGUUAGGCUCCACCUCCAACAGGAAGAGACAAGGGCUGUCCCGAGAAUCGAGCAGUGGUUGCGUCAUCUCUUAAAAUGCUCAUCACAGAGGAGCCUCAAGCUCACGAUUCAGCUAGGCAUGUGCUGGUACUUGUGCUUUUUCUAUCUAUAUCAACCUUAGACGAGAAGUGUCCUGCUGGAUAUUGUUUCGUCUCCGUUAUAGUACGCGUGAACAUGAUAAUAAUUAUUUGUGAUAGGGCCACGCGCGAACAUAAUGAUAAUGAUAGUAUAUGUUCCAGGGCUCAGGGCUGAAGCUCCCCCCCCACGAUCUAACUUGUUGAGGGGGGGCCUCCAGCCCCGGACCCUUUUCGGUGAGGGACUGCCGGGCGGGAAGGCCUCCAAGCGCCCACCUUCGAGCUUUCGCGGCUUCUUGCCUGUACCCUACAGAACCCAAACCCCUGAGGCCGUUCAAGCACCGACGGUCGGGGGUCGUGAAAGGCUUUCGAGGGCAGCAAAGAUGGCAAGGCUUGCCCCCCUUGCCGUGUUGAGUGUACCCUAAAGAUCUCCCGGGUGCGGGCUCCCUCCCUGGAGGGUGGAGGGCCUCUGAGGGCAGCAGGUGGCAAGGCUUGACCCCCUUGCCGUGUUGCGUGUACCCUACAGACCUCCUGUGUGCGGGCUCCUCGCGAGGAGGCUUGCCGCUUGCUGCUUUCCGUGAAGGCCAAGGGGGCCAGGCCUCGCGACCGUGGCCGCCUUCGGCGGCCUUAUUCCCCCGGACGCCGUCCACCUGAUAGGGCCCAAGAGCGGGGACGCCUGUGGGAUACACGCGGAGAGCCGCCAGGGGACUCCGGCGCCGUCUUUUGAGGCCUUUGCCCCUCCCUGUCACCACAGCGGAAAAAAGUGCGCGCGGACGCCACCGCCGCUCCAUCCACAGGGGGGUCCUCCCUCCCUGGUACGUCGAUAAUGAUAAUACAGUACGGCCACUCUGUCGUCGUUCAAUCUGUUUCGCCUUGCAAGUAGCUUAGGGGGGCUACUUGAGACGCCACUAUAAUGAUAGUACUUUUUCUAUAUCCACCGAUUGGGUACACUACUACUACCAUUACGACUGUGCGAGACCCAUGCCAUGAUGCCAUGCUAGAGCUAGCAGAUUUAGGUUUUCGUUUACCUUUGCUCAAGAAGUAGCACAUACACAAAAUUGACCGAGUAUUUACAUGACUUUUCCACCGUCGUAUUCCCUUCAUCCACUACCUAUAAUGAAUCAAUAUCUAUCACUUGUUUCACUAGCAUUUGUUUCAUUUCGUGUAAACACUUCUUGCUUAUAGAAGAUUAUGUCGACGACAUCACUGGAGGAUCAGGAUGAGCCAGAGCCUUACCUAACCUUUUGUCCCAACAGGUUCGAACGUCCACUCCAAGCAAUGACAGUGAUGACGUGACGAAGCAUGCUCUUCAUCUUAUAUUUAUCGGGUCCCUGCUAGCUCCUCCUUCCAUACACCCCGUUUCCGUUAAUGUGCUCGUUAUGACGAGUUGUGACAUUGGAUGGCCUCAGAAGUAGACGGAAAUAGCUAGUUGUAGAAGAUUUUACCGGUCGGCUUCCCGGUUCCUCGUCCACUAGUUAAGUGCUUCGGGCGUGUAGACAGUGACAGUAGGACACAAAGAACCACUACGUGAGAAGUACCAUGACAUGGCUACCACUUAACCUCGGCCUAGACUCCAAUCAAUUCUAUAUCAUGGUUACUAGACAGUGAUACACCACUCGCAGUCAGAGAUACACUACAGAAAGAAUGCAUCAUACAACUCACUACCACUCACAGAAAUAUCUGUCGAUGCAGCUGCACGAUACGGCGCCGAAGGUUAGGCAAGCCUUCGUGGAACUACUUUUGGUGGUAAAAAAAGACGCUAAAUUCCAGAUCCAAGACGUCGUGACAAUUAAGGCUGUCAAUCUUGACAAAUACACAACAUACUCCUGCAGCGGCUGUGAUUAGUAGAAGUAGUAGUGUACGACCCAAUCAUGAAUGAAAGUGGUCAUUUGAGAUGCACUGAGGACGAUGAAGAGUCAGCACUGGAAAGAGACUCCUUCAGCAGCUGUGAUCCUUUGGUUGGUGUAACUCUUUAUCCUUCUAGGCAACUCCCGAGUAGAUUCACUCGAAGUAAUGAUCGACUCUCAUGCUCUAAGACAGCGCAAGAUCUCCUCCACAGAAUUGCGUUCGAGUACACCAAUACACUGGAGUCCGGUACCCCGUACUCAGAGUUAAGGGCAGUAUCCAUCUGAGUAUAUUUGUUUUUCCAUAUUAUUACCUCUACGUGUAGAUUUCGCUCAUUUCCAGCACUGUUCUCGUCGCUUCAACAAAGCAUAUUUGUUUUUCCCUCAGGUGGUUCUUCUCGUAAGGACGAGUCGCUUCUUUUUCCUUGGUGCAUCUUAUUAUCGAAGUUGAAUCUAAACACGUCCAAUCUAAGCAUCAGUGUAACGGUUUUUUUAGGAAUCAGUUAAGUACAAUUUGUAAUAAUCAAGUUCAAAGCCGCUCAGGCGUCAAAAGAUACCUCCAGAACAGGUAAAUGAAUGAAUGAAUGAGUACUAGAACAGUGACAGUGUAAGUGAAUCGACAACGUGAGGAAGACGAAGCAACUAUCUAUCACUUCAUCACUAUUGUCUCAAAGAGCUCUAAAGUAAGACCAAAAGGCAAACAGCAAUAGGAUUGGGAAUGGGUUAGCCACCAUCGUCCGACCAAGCUUGCUGCAGUCAGAAGAGGUCAUUCCAGUCGCCGACCGUGUGGAAAGACUGUAUUUAUGAAAGGAAAAAGAUACUAAUUUUAUGUUUGCUUCUCAAUGUCCCACCUUUGAUCUACUCCGUCUAAAUGUUGCUCAGGAUCAUUUUGAUUUUGUCAGGGGACCUCCUUCACCUACCAAUUGUUCUUAAAGAACAACUGGAGUGCUUGUGCAAGUCAACAUAGUCAUGUCAAUUAUUGAAGAACAACUGAGGAAGAACUGAAGUGUUUACUCAAGUCGUAGUCGGUGUAGUCAUAGUCAAUGCCAAAGUCCUCUUCUGGUCGUUGAUAGGCGAAUUCUUCUUGUGAUCACUCAGGGUCGAUCUGUUUUUUUUUUCUCUUCCAUAAUGUCUAUUCAUCAAGAUGAUCAUCAACAUGUGUGACUGUAAGCAUCUUUAUCUCAUAUGACAUAUUUAUUUUUAUGUCAGCAAAAACAUAAAGGUCUUGUUUAGAAGAUUUGCAAAAAGCUAAAGCUAUAUUAGACGUAUUUAGAGAAACGCCCGCUCGGCGCUCUGCCUAUUCUGUCUAAGUCUCUGCGUGCUGGACAAGUUUCCACUAGCGGUGCUUGCGGUGUUCAAGUUCACGCACUUUAACGAAUUGCAGACGCAGUUCCUAUCUGAGUUAGCAGCCGAAAUUAUGACUCGCAUUCACAAGGAUCCGCCAAAAGUAACCGAGAACCACAUCGCGUGUAUGGGCGCCAUUUUGCGGCUCAUCGACUGCGAGCGCGUUAAGAAGGAUCCGAAAGGCACUAAAAAUUAUGCUGGACCUACUUCAAUAUUGAUUUAUCACGUGAGUACUUAAAUACUAAACUGCGGUAAAAAGUGGUGCUAUGGAGGUGGAGACCAAGAUUUUUUUAUCUGGCAAUUACUUACAAGUACUAGAAAAAUGGCGGCUCUUCCACUUCCUCCUGGGUAAAGUUUGUGAGUGAAGCUCAGCAAAUUCAUCGUCCCUCACCUUUCUGUAGCAAUCUAGUUCGUCGGCUAUUUCUUGGUCCUCGCUUUGCUGGAAGAGGUAGAUCUAAGAGAAAUUGGAAGCGGUGACAGUUUUUUUUUCCGAUGAAAGCAUAGUGAAGCUCCUGAAUUUGCGGCCCGACCUUCAGGCGUCCAUUAUCGACAUGUCGCGGUAUAUACCCACAAGAGGACCCAAGAUUGAGAAGUUAAGGUUAAUUCGUUGAGAAGCAUGUCCUCAAUGUCAUAUUCUGAAGCAUCCUCAGCGCCAUUCUUCUUGGCGUCUUUGUCCUUAACACCAUGAUCCUUGGCUCCUCUUUUGCAAGGUCCUUAACACCAUGAUCCUUGGCUCCUCUUUUUGAACAAGGGGAAAAAGAGGCGCCAAAGGAUAUUAUGGCUCUCAAGGUGAGACUACCUCAUGUUAGGUAAAUGAAUGAUUGAAUGAAGGGAAGAUGCGACGCUCUAACGAAGGCGUUCAAAAGAAACCUCCGCGAGAUGCCGAGGCUACUCGGUGCCGGCGACAAAUUCGAACAGUUUGGCAUGGUCUUUGAAUGCUUCGUGCGGGACUGUGGUAUUAGAAGUAGAGAUACUAUCUAUACAAAUACAAAUACAUAAAGUAAACUGAUAGCAGAAGAUGUUGUUUCGAAUGUUUGAUGAAAUUGGAAAGUAACGUCGUGACAGCAGGCAGGACCUGUGGUUGCAUUCCCGGUUAUACUUGAUAGUUUAUCAAUCGAUUAUUCUGCUCUGCAAGAGAAGGCACAGGAUAGUUGAAAGGCCUCAAAGGUGUUAGCAUAACACAUAAAAGAGGAUCCAUGACAUGACAUGACGAUGCUGACUGAGUUUCAACGUAUUUAGACGUUUGUUGAUGUACACAGCUACUAACUACUUCUACUAGUAGGUAGUGUGUCAGCUUUUCUAUCUUCACGACUUCAUUUUGAAAUGAACACAUAAUCCUGAUGCGAAAGCGAAAUACAAUUUAUUUUUGAUAUUACUUUUAGUUUUAGUACUGCGUCUUCCUUUUCAUGUUUUUCUUUAGUCGGGGCUCUACCACAAAUAUACAGAGAAGCUCGCAUCUUUCUGGAAUGGCGGAUGUAGAGACGAGACGAAACUCCACCUAGAAAGGAAGGAAGUGCGGAUUUACAGCAUGCUCCUGAAAAAUCCCGCAAUUCGUGAAAAAUUGGCAGAGAAGAAAGAGGCUCUUAUCCCAAAGGGGCGGGAGCUAGUUUUAAGGCUCCACAGAACUCCACUUCUCCACGUGAGAGAGUCCCGGUAAAAAGUACUGCGCUGGUAGUGCCUGGCGAAUUCUCAGGCUGUACUGAGGCAAGUACUGGGACGGGUAUUUUAACUACGGGAUCGGUUCACGGGGUGGGUUCAUGGUGGCUCUAAUAGUUGAGGCCUUCGGCAAGGCGUGUCGCAAAAGGCACCCUCGCAUCUUUGGCGAUACUCCUAGUUAAGGAGUCACUAGCUGUAGCGUGCUUAUAUAGAGUUGAUUAUAGUCCGAAACGUCUUGGACCUUCGUCUCAGGUUUCGUCUAAGGGGAAUUGAAUGGGUCCAGGAUGCUUAUCAUAGUUGAUAAAGAUAGACAAAAUAGAAAGAAAAAUAACCGGUUGAUUUACUAGUAGAAGUAGCCAGCAGCUCUAAGCUAGUGCAGCAGCGCCUCCACCAUUAAGGCUACCGCUACCGCAUCCUCAACGUCAGCCGUGGCGUUGUGCCGAUAGUACCUUGGUGUUGUACCCGCAACAUCAUCCUUGGUGUUGUACACUUGGCUUCUUUUUCAAAGGGAAAAAGAAGUAUCCUCCAAGGACAUUAUCAUGGCACUCAAAGAUCAAGAUGCGACGUCGUGGUAGCUCUAACACCAAACACGACGAACGCAGCUGCUGCGCUUAUCGACCCGCCGAAUCUGGUAGUGCUGAUGCUGAGGAUAGCAUCUGAGCUGAUACUGAGACUCGAUAGCUCAGACAGCUCCUUUGGAACGACUAGGUCUCCCGUCCCGAAAUUAGUGCCAAAUCUUCUAGCCUGGGCAACACCGGAAGAGGAGCUGGGUACUAAUAACUUCAUUCUCAUGUAGAUACGCAAAUAACUUCAUGCACAGAUGCAGCUAGCUUCUUUCUUUGAAGUGAAAUAGUUUCUUGAAUUCUAAGGCCAAUGUGAUCAUUCUAGAUAACAGUACGUAACGAGCAAAUAACUUCAUUCUCAUGUAGUCUUCAUCUCGUUGUAAUCAUAAUUUUCUUCCUUCUACUUCCAUAUUUUCCUUCUUACUUCCUUCUUCUACGAAGAUAGAUGGAUCGCCUGAGUCCUGAGUCCUACAACUAUAAGUAUGCAACCACCAUUAGACUUUCAGUGUGAUGAAUGGUAGAUGGGCAAGUUCCUCUGUCUCGUACUCGUUGUUUCCAUCAUGAUUCGCAACAUCCAUCAUGAUGGAAAACGAAAAUUAGUGCAGUUGUUUCCUUGCAACAGUAAAUGUGAAUGUUUAGUCUCGAAAUGCAAAUGACAAUGCAACAUGUAUAGUCUCGAAAUGCAACAGUAAAUGUUAAUGUUUAGUGACAGUAAUGUUUGGUCUUGACAACUUGUAUUUCUCAGAAUACAACUUCUUUGUCAUUUGGCAUGACCUCUCGCUUUCUGACAUGAUGACAUAGAGGAAUUGACAAGCCUCGACUCUAUUCUGAACUAGUUGUUUACACGUUCAUUUUACUGUGUAUAAUCGUCUGCCCUUUCCUCUUGGUUAAACCUCCACUUUCAUCCAAAUCCAUCACCACGUACUUGCUACUGGUAGCUUACAAGAAGUUAUGAGCUAAUAUUAACUCUUCGUUCCUUUUAACCGUUGUAGAAGACAGACAUCCAUCUUUCUAUCCAGCAACCGCAGAGGCAGCUUCGUCAAAUGGGUCUUCCAUCAGGCGGAACUGGAGUGCGCCAGAAGAUAGCGAGGAGUGCUUUCCACUCAUGAUUGAAAUCUGCACGGCUGUCAUGGAGAAUCUCGCUUUUCUCAACGUUUUCACACCGACGCCGAACUACCCAAAAUUAUGCUCUAUCAUUCUACUAAUCUAAAUAUCUAUAUGCUUUAUAUUUAUAUAUAUAAAUCUACUAAUCUAAAUCUUAAUCUUUUGAGCUGCGAGGAGGUCGGUGCCCUGUAGAGGCAUCCUGAUUGAUUGACUGCGUUGUAUAUUUGGUUGUCCUGGAAGUUCUGAGCUCUCGGCUCAGAGCGACUUUGUUUGUUUGAGAAGAUAUAAUUCACUUUGUUUGGUAUUCCCCGGUCCCUCUCAUUUUUAGACUUGGUCGUGCUGUAAUUGUAGUAUGCAGUAGUAAGCUGUGAAGGGGAUGCGGGAAGAAGCUUAGUGCAGAUGAGUGCCGAGAUAAGGGAAACAGCAUCAACAUGAGUAGAUGAAAUAGAUGAAGUACACAAAGGUCGUUCACGCAUCCAGUAGAGAAAGUUCUUUCACACGAUGCUCACUGAUGGAUGCGGGUUAGAAAGUUCUCACAUACAUUAUCUAAGAAAACUAGCCACUGAAGUGGGGCAACUCCUUUGGUGGCUGGCGUCGAAGAGGCUGAUGGAAGACGAGUCAGUUUUGAACAAUACCUGGCAAUUCCUCCAGCGGUGUCGUUAAGGCUACCGGUGCUAAAAGAAUGUCCUUACACUCAAGAAUAUCAUGGUCCUUGCUUCUCCUUUCUCUACUUGAAAUCUACUUGAAAUCUACGACUAGUACGUCUGCACUGAACGUUAUGCGAGAUGUAUUGUACUAUUGUAUGCGCUCAGGGAAGAUGAUGCAGCUAACACGGUAGCUCUAAUGCCGGUUGCGGCAGUUCCGACCCUGCGCGACUGAAGCAGUGGCCAUAUUGGAGGAUGUUUUGGACAAGGUGGGAGACCGAGUCGGCAGUGACGAGGACCUGCGAACAUUGUGGGCCAGCAUCUUAAUGAAAUUCUCAGUCUCCCCAGCCAUGCAUGACUUCUUGCGCAGACACAUGGACGACAAGGAAAUGGAAGCCUGGCUGGUGCCAAUAGAUGACUAUGCUACGUAUUUUGUUGAUUAAGUAAAAGAACUUCUUCACCACGUGACUAAUUUUUACUUCAACAGGCCCGAGUGCAAGUACGGGACAACUAGGACAACGCAUCGUAUGAUAAUUAGGCUUAUUUACAUAUGCAAAUUGUCAGUCAAGUUCAAGUACUCAGACUCAAUGAUCUGUGAGUGAUAGUUUUAUUGCUAGAGGAUGCUAGCCGUGCCUGCGUCAUUCGAUUCUAGUCAGGCAUCCUGGUACAUGUCUGCGUCAUUCGAUUCUAGCCAGGCAUCCUAGUACACGUCAGACUAAUCGAAAACUGAAAGUAAGCGAGUAACAAACACAUUGACUACCGAGCAGCUGCGAUUGUUAUCAUGAUAGCUAAGCACGUAACAAAUGCAACGACUACCGAGUAGCUGAGAUUGUUAUCUACCUAGCUUAUCUAGCUUAUUUCAGUUGAUCGAAUAUAACCCAAUCCCUACCUAAUCCCUAAGCAAUACGUGAGACUUAUCCGGUGGCGCCAACUUAUUCUUUCUAAAGUCAACCUGAACCGAAAAAUCGAGACUCGUUUUCGUCCCUUGAGGAAAUUCCGCCUGCGGAGGUGGCCCCACGCGUGCCAGGUCGCAUGACACAGGAAGCGUUUGCAGAGAAUGAGAGUGGCGAAAAGCUUUUCACUUGGCAUCGACGAAUUACAGACUGCCUUUACUCACAGUUAUGAAUGCAAUUCAUCACUUUUAGGGAGAAAUCAAUGAGACUUCAAGUACCAGGGGUUACUAGUUUAGAUAAUUUGCUUUCAAUGAGCAUAGUUACCAGUCCUCUAGGCCACUUGACUCCUACAAUAGACCCAUGCAAAUGCAUGAUCAUAAGUCAACACUUUCUCCCUUCAUCAACUAUAUUGUCCUGACCUUGUGAAGACUUCGAGUUCGAUUCUAAUCUUCGCGCCAAAGUUUAAAGCGUUGUACAAGAUUUUGUAUCUGCCGAAACCUGACGGAAGCUGUGGACCGAUACUGAAGCAUCCGAGGAAAGGAUCCGCCGACUCCAAUCUAGAUGAGUUCUUCAACACGGCUGGGCUGAACACUGCUGGGGACGAUCUGGUACGUUUUCGGUUCGUUGUCUUACUUGGAGGUUUUAGAUCUUGUUCUUGUUAUAGAUACUUAUAGAUACAUAGUUAGCCAAAAAUUAGAACUUAGAUUUCUCCCAAGGAGCAGUAGUGAUCACCUCCAACUGAACGAUAUAUUUCUAAGGCAGUUUUGUUUUUGACCAGAAUGAUUUUUCCUUAGAAUUAGAUACUUGUUGGAUCUUUCUGUAGUUUUCUUGGUCUGUCAGACUCAAACUCCACUCAACGCUUCUUCAAAAGUUUAUCCUGUAGAAUCUGUCUCUAUUCUAUCUAAAGUCGAAGCAUCGUUCUACUUUAGUUAGCGAUACGAUGUUCCUUCUAAAAUUUGAUAAAAUGUUGUUGCUCUCCGUGCAGUGAGUAAGAUCAUCUGAAUAUCAAAGACAACACGCGGACAACUUUUCUCUCCACAUAUGAAAACAGGAGCUCAAAGACGACGACCUGAUGAAGGGGAUGACCGGGACAAUGGACUUUGGGCCAGAUGACAUGAUGGCGGAGGAGGCGCAAGAGCCUAACAUCAAAAACUCUUCUGUCCAGCUGCCAAACGAACAAGAACAACCUUCUGAUGACAGUGGAGCAGGGGCGAUGGACGUCGAAGAUGGCGAGGCCUGUGAAGAAAGUGCUGCGCCAGGCGUGCCGGUUGUAGUUGAAGGUGCGCAUACCGAGCAGGACGUGAGGAUGAUGGCAGACGAAGAUGAGGAAAUGCAUCUUCCUUCCAUUCCUGAAGCAGUAGAAGUAGAAGAAGCAGCAAGAACUUCAAAAAAGAGCGCCAUGCGGAAAGCGCCUGCGAAAGCGUCGGCGAAAGUUAAAGCGGCAGAAAUAAGCAAGGGCGCGGUGGUGAACAAAAAGGAGAUUAGUACUCGUAAAACAUCCUCAUCUUCUAGUGCUCCGUCCUCCAGUUCUGCGAAAGACAAAAAAACUCAACAAAGCAAAAAAAGUUCGAACACGAAGGAAGCAGCUGACAGCAAGAAAAAUAGUAAGAAAAGCGGUAAAACAACAAGUGUUGAAGAAGAAGAAGAAGAAGAAGAAGUAGCAGAAGAUGGGGAUGCGACGCCAAUCCAUUGUCCACCGACUCCGAAAAUCAAGAUGUCUCCUGAAGCUGCGCCGAUAGGGAAGGCGAAGAUGGCUAUGAAAAAGGAGACUCCGGCAAUGAAAAAGGAGACUCCGGUAAUGAAGAAGGCGGGAAAGAAAUGACCAUGUUGACCGCUUCUAUGAAGUUUCAGUCGAUUGAGUACUUACAAUACUUGGACUUUCAGUAGUACUUGGACUUUCUUCAUCUAAUUUUUUUGAAAUCGAAAUAGAUGGACAUGCGAACUGUUUUCUGAGGACUGCUUUCGUCAUGCGCGCAAAAUUUUAUCCUUUUCUGUAUCUAUGGAAACAAAAGCUCAAAGUUUCAACCUUGGUAAAGAGAAACUAAAAGUAAAACUCAAAUUUCGUGUUAGAUCUAAGAACGCUCGAACUCUGAUUCCUUCAAAUAAGAACGAUGUACACUUUCUUACGCGAAACUAUAUUAAUUCUCAUUCUUUCCUUGAAGUUGAAUGCUUUGAGAAGACAAUUUAUAUAUAAUGACUUGCAGAUGAACACAAGCUGACCUUCCCAGAUCGUUCCCUGACAGGUAUUCCUAUCACAGCUGUGGCCUAGAGCCGUAGGCUCGACAGGUACAACAAAUUGCUCAAUGUUGUAUGAAGAUGAUCCGCCUCAUUAUGAAAAUUGUUGGCAUACACUCAAAUUCGAUGCAGACUCAGUUGUAGUAGUAAAAUAUAUUACUUGAAGAUGAUAACGUCACUCCAGAAAAAAGUGACUUUCAGGAUAUUUGCGAGCGGAUGGAAGGUCGCAGCAUCCGCCACCCCGAUUAU